CUGAGUGUGUAUGUGUGUGUGUGUGCUUGAGCUAUUGAACAGUUUCCAAAAGCAGAGUCGCGCAGACACACCUCAACCGAGAAGUGAUCCGGAGACGCUCCAAUGCGGACUGAGGCACUUUGUCAUUUUAAAAAUUGAACAAGUUGAGUUGGGGAAGUCGCGUCGGGGUCGACUUUGAGAUCCGUGUGACCCUGGUCUGUCGCUGUCACCAGGGAGGAGUGUCAUGGCGGAGCCAGACUAUCUGGAGGGAGACUGUGAUGAGCUCAUCAAACCCAAGAAGCUGAUCAACCCAGUCAAGAACUCCCGUAACCACCAGGACCUGCACCGGGAGCUGCUCAUGAACCAGAAGAGGGGUCUGGCUCCUCAAAACAAACCUGAGCUCCAGAAAGUUCUGGAGAAAAGAAAGAGGGAGCAAGUUCUUAAGGCUCAGAAGGAGGAGCAGGAGGCCCACAAGAAGAGGAGUGACCUGGAGAUAGAGCUCAUGAAAAGACAACAGAAACUAGAGCAGCUGGAGCUAGAGCAACAGAAAAUUGAGGAGGAACAGGAGAACACCCCCGAGUUUGUGAAGAUGAAAGGCAACCUGCGCAGGACCAAGCAGGAGACUGAUGGGGAGGAACGAACCACCUAAGAACCAGCAGGGGUGUCUGGGUCUGGCUGAUUGUGCGCGUGUGUGUGAGCACAGAGACGUCGGGAGUGUGUGUACAAAAGAGAGUGUUGUCUGUGGUGCACGCUGGUGACUUGACAGUGGUCCGAGAUGAACUUCCUGGCUUUCCCAACCUAGCUGUUCCUUCCUGCAGUGAGGAGAGAGACUUUACAGACUAAAGACCCCCCCUCUGUCUGCCUGCCACGGACCGCCAGUACUCACCUCUGCUCUUCACACCCACCCAGCAGCACACAGCACCCCCAUCCUGCAGGAGGGACCUAAUACAGACAUGUUACAUGUUACACGCCUUUUCAACGAGGCCGAGCGAGCUUCAGAUGAGCUCUGAUGGAGAAACAAAACCAACCAAAACAACCAAACAUAUACAGGAGUUUUCAUCCCUUCUGUUUCACUCUCUCCACAGCAAGCUGUUGUUUCUCUUUACUGUUAUCGAUGUUGUUAUCGUUGUUGUUAUUGUUCUUUUUUCUUUCUUUUUUUUUUCUUCCUCAUCUUCAGAAUCAAAUAAGGAAAAGUGGACACUGGAUGGACUCUUGAAGCUGUGUAAUGUAAAAGCCAAACAAAUGUGCUUUUGUUAUUUAUGUUUGUAGCUUUUAGCCCAGGUAUAGGGGAGGACACUUUUAGUCGUUCUGUAUUUUAGUUGUUUUACAGUAUAGUUUAUGAAGCCAGAACAGGACAAAGGGAGUGUAUGGUUGUGUGAAACACUCAAGUUUGCUUUGUUAUUUUUUAUUUUAUUUUAUUUUAUUUUAUUUUAAACAUGCCAUUUCCUCAGCUAAUGCAAUUUUGAGCAAUAGUAGAACUCCCAGGCAUGAGAGUGACAUUUUCUUUAUAUAUUCUGUUGUUUUGUAUGAAUAAAAGUGUUACUUAAUAAAUAAUUUAAGUUUUUGUUUUAGGUUGGUCAAUGAGAAUAA